AUGGUCAAAGGGAAAGGCAAGCGCUCUUCCGGCGCUAAUGAGCCCAUCCCUGAUGGAGGUGUUUCGAUUUCUCAAUCCCAAUCUACGCCUAAUGAGCCUCAGAUCGACGAGAGCGCCUUCGUCGGUUUACGCCAGAAAAUUGAGCAGCGUUUAAAGGAUCAGAGCUCCGCCAAGGGAAAAUCUAAGAAGAACGAUAAACCAAAGGCCCCCGUCGAGAUCGCGCCUGCGAAGAAAGAGAAGGAGGUUGCCCCUAAGGCUACCAAGGCCCAGGAUUCUUCUGCACAUGGCAAGAAGCGGGAUCGCAAUGGGGAAGUGAUUGCUCGAGAGGAAAAGAAGGAGGGAAAGAACAAGGUCACCAAAUCUCCAAAGAAGGGUGGCAAUGAUGAGACCCUCCGACAAGAGAUUCUCGCUAUGGGCGGCACUGAGGAGGAUCUUGAUCUUCUCGCCGAUGUUGACUCCGAAUCUGAGGUUGAGGGUGUCAACGCCAAGAGUGGUGACAAUGACCUCCGGAAGGAGCUUGCAAAGAUGUUGGAAGAUGCUGGUCACGUUGUGCCGCAGGAUCUAGCAGAGGACGAGGUCGAGGAGGAAGCUGAGGAAGAUGCCGAGGUUGAAGACAUUAGCGACGUCGAGGACAGCGAGCCUGAAGAUGUUUCCGAUAUCUCUGAAGUCGAGGAGGCUCCUAAGCCCAAAGAAAAAAAGCCCGAGAUUCUUAUUCCUAAGGAAUAUGCCACUCUGGCCAUCCUUCCCCGUUCCGAUUGGUACGCGUCUCCUGUUCCUAAGAUUGCCUGCGGCAAUCCCCAGCAAAUGACUGCCCUUCCCCGACACUUGAUUGACCGCAUCCACGAGGUCGCCAAUUCGCUAUUACAGGAGGAAAACGAGAAGUACGCCAAAGCCCAACAAACGUCCGCUUCAUCAUCCCACAAGUUCUACACCACCAUCAUGGCUUCUGGUACCCUGAGCGAUAAGAUCUCCGCAUUGACUCUUGCUGCUCAAGAGUCUCCGUUGCACAACACCAAGUCCCUAGAGAACCUUGUCGCUUUGGGACGCAAGCGCAGCCGUGCGCAAGCAGUUGAAGUCCUCCGCUCGUUGAAGGAUAUGUUUGCUCAGGGAACCUUGUUGCCCAGUGACCGUCGUCUUAAGUCAUUUGCCAACCAGCCCGAGCUUGUUGCUGCUUUCCAGGGUGCUCCUGGCCGCUGGACUGAGCGAGACCCGCUCCCGGGAGGCUUGCAGAAGAGCCACCUCAUGCUUUGGGCUUUCGAGGACUUUGUCAAGGAACAAUUCUUCGAGGUCAUCAAGAUUCUUGAGAUCUGGUGUAACGACGAGAUUGAGUUCUCGCGAACCCGUGCUGUCAGUUACGUCUACGAGCUCCUCAAGGAGAAGCCAGAGCAAGAAGCCAAUUUACUCCGUCUGCUGGUCAAUAAGCUUGGAGACCCUGGCAAGAAAAUUGCAUCGCGCGCCUCUUACCUUCUGCUGCAGCUUGAACAAACACAUCCCUUAAUGAAGUCAUUGAUUAUCAAGUCCGUUGAAGAGUUUUUGUUCCGCCCUGGUCAAAGCCAGCACGCGAAAUACUACGCCAUCAUCACUCUUAAUCAGACUGUUUGCAGCUCAAAAGAGCAAAAGGUCGCUGCGCAGUUGCUUGACAUUUACUUCUCUAUGUUUGUUACUCUCCUGAAGCCAGCGCAACCCACUCAGCCUACCUACAACAAAGGCAAGCCCAACGGCAAGCACGGCCAAAAGGGAUCAAAGAACAAGGCUCCUCCCAAGGCCGAAAAGGGAGAGGCCCAGACCGAUGAAAUGCGAGAGAAGCUCACAUCAGGUGUCUUGACUGGUGUCAACCGCGCUUAUCCAUUCACCGACUCUGAUUCCGACAGACUCUCAAAGCACAUUGACACUCUCUUCCGCAUCACACACUCCUCGAACUUCAACACAAGUAUUCAGGCUCUGAUGCUGAUUCAGCAGCUUACCGCCUCUCACCAGGUCGGCAAUGACCGCUUUUACCGCACUCUGUACGAGUCCCUGUUGGAUCCUCGUGUCACUACAUCCUCUAAGCAGUCUCUCUACUUGAAUGUACUGUUCAAGGCCCUGAAGAACGAUUUGAACGUUCGUCGGGUCAAGGCAUUUGUCAAGCGUAUCGUUCAAGUCCUUGGACUGCACCAGCCUGCCUUUGUUUGUGGUGUUUUCUACCUGAUCCGCGAGCUGGAGAAGACCUUCACUAGUCUUUCGUCUCUGUUUGACCAGCCCCAAGCUAUUGACAGUGAUGAUGAAGAAGUCUUCCGGGAUGUUCCCGAUGAGGACGAUGAGCAACCCGCUCCUACCCCUGUCGUGGAGACCAAGCCCAAGACGUCAGCCAACACUUAUGAUCCUCGCAAGCGUGAUCCUGAACACAGCAAUGCUGACAAGACUUGUCUCUGGGAGUUGCUACCCUACACCUCUCACUUCCACCCGUCUGUCUCUGUCAACGCUGUGAACCUCUUGGAGCACAACCCUAUGAGCGGCAAGCCAGACAUGACCAUCCACACCCUUACUCAUUUCUUGGACCGUUUCGUGUACCGUACUCCCAAGGCCAACGCUGCUUCCCGUGGCGCAUCUAUCAUGCAGCCUCUCGCUGGUGGCGACACUGCCGACCGAUUGGUGGAGGCCGCCAAGUCUGCUCAGCAGGCUAUGCCCUUCAACUCCGAGAACUUCUGGAAGAAGAAGGCUGACCAGGUUUCGGCCGAGGAUGUCUUCUUCCACGAGUACUUCAACCGUGUCAACAAGGAUAAGACCCGCGCCAAGAAGGGCAAAACUUCUGAUGAUCGUGACAGCGACGACGAGGUCGAUCCUGAGGGUGUCAGCGACAACGAGGACAAUGAGGAUGAGAUCUGGAAGGCUCUUGUCGACUCCCGACCUGAACUCGAAGACGGCGGCGAGAGCGACGACGAUCUGGACAUGGAUGAUCUCGAGUCUGCCUACGAUGAUGAUGAGGAUGAUGUUGACGUUGAGGGUAGCGAUGACGAGGUUAUCUUCAACGAUGAGUCCGAUGUUCCCUCCGACGAGGAGAUGGCCGACUUCAGUGGCUUCGAAGACGAGGAGGAAGAGAAGGCUGUUCCUGCGUCGAAGAAGGCCAAGAAGGCUGCCAAGGAGGAGAAGAAGCCGAAGAAGAAGGUGGAGGACGAAGACGAGGAGGACGCCUUCGACAUGGAUGUCUCGGACGACGAGGCAUUCCUCGACAGCGACGACGACCUGCCAUCGGAUAUGGAGCUCGGUGGUGUGGACCUGGAAGCUGCUGCCGCUGCAGAGGCUCCUUCAGCUUCGGAGUCCAAGAAGCGCCGCAAGCUCAAGCACCUGCCCACCUUUGCCUCGGCCGACGAUUACGCGGCCCUGCUGGCGGACGAGGAGGAUGGCAUGUAA